CUUGAAGCAGCAUCGGCGGCGCACAGUAGUGACGUCACACAACCAGGAAGCGCGCGAGCAAAGCUGGGAAACGUGUGGACAACGCGAGCCUUUCGGGUGAAGGCGACUUGACGUUUCAUAAGUAUUAAGGGCUGUUAUGUCUUUGAACAAGUCCAUGCAUCCCAGAAAUCGCUACAAAGACAAACCACCAGACUUUGCCUACCUGGCCUCCAAGUAUCCAGAAUUCCAAGAACAUGUGCACACCAACCUGAGUGGACGAGCCGUAGUGAAUUUCAAGGAGCCAGAGGCCGUGCGAGCUCUGACCUGCACCCUUCUGAAGGAGGACUUUGGUUUGAGCAUUGAGAUCCCUCUGGAGCGCCUCAUCCCCACUGUCCCUCUUCGCCUUAACUACAUCCACUGGGUGGAGGACCUCAUCGAUGGCCAGAAGCAACCACGUAGAGGCAUCGACAUCGGCACCGGUGCAUCUUGUAUCUACCCGUUGCUGGGAGCCUCCAUGAACGGCUGGUACUUUCUCGCAACCGAGGUGGACGAUAUAUGCUUUGACUAUGCCACCAGGAAUGUGGAGCAGAACAAUUUUUCUGACCUGGUUAAAGUCGUCAAAGUUCCCCAGAAGACUCUGCUGAUGGACGCUUUGAAAGAAGAGACAGAAAUUGUAUAUGACUUCUGCAUGUGCAACCCUCCUUUUUUUGCCAACCAACUUGAAGCGAAGGGGGUCAAUUCAAGGAACGCACGGCGACCUCCUCCCAGCUCGGUGAACACAGGGGGGGUGACAGAAAUCAUGGCGGAUGGGGGCGAACUGGAGUUUGUUAAGAGGAUCAUUCAUGACAGCCUGCAGCUCAAGAAAUGCUUGCGGUGGUACAGUUGCAUGCUGGGGAAAAAGUGCAGCUUGGCCCCACUGAAAGAGGAGCUGAGGAAGCAAGGGGUACCCAAAGUGACGCACACAGAGUUCUGCCAGGGGCGCACCAUGCGGUGGGCGCUGGCCUGGAGCUUCUAUGAUGAUGUCAUCGUUCCGUCACCCCCCAGUAAGAAGCGCAAGUUGGACAAAGCGAGGAAGCCUCUUUCUUUCACGCUUCCCCACGUGGCUCUGAAGGAGCUCCAGGUGAAGGCCCGUGCUCUGGGCUGCACUGGCUGCCAUCCUGUGGAAGCCAUCACAACUCUUCUGGAGAAGGCGCUCACUGAGCUGCGGGUGCUGCACAAGCGUGUUCCGUGCAGGGAGCAGGAGCAGAGCCUCCUCCUGACCGCGGUGGCAAACACUUGGAUCCACGGGCGGCAGAAGCGACGCGAACAAAUGCGCCAGCUGCGAGAGCUGCCAAGAGCACAUCACAUUGCCGCCGCUGCCACAGCUGCCGCCUCCACGCCGUCCCUCACCCAAAACAACCAGGAGGAUGCCACUCAGGAGUCAGCUGACCAGCAGCUACCUGGAGAGCCGACUGGCGACAGUGCCCCGUCCGUUGAAAGCAUGAAGGUUACAAACACUUCAGGUGGAGCGGAACAGGAGCUGUUGGAAAAGGUUGCAAGUGAAGAUGUGGAAACGGUGAUUGGGGGCUGCCCUGCAGAAACAUGUUGCCCGAAGGACGCCGUUGAUGCUACAAACAAGACACCCUCAAAACAGCCAGGGAGCCCGGGGUCAGCGGAAUGCUUCCUGUUUAAGUGUCUGCUGAAUGUGCUGCGUGAAGAGAGCGAUGCAGUGGUAGAGAUGCACUGGAUGGAAGGUCAGAAUAAAGACCUGAUGAACCAGCUGUGCACUUUCCUUAGGAACACUCUUUUAAAGGCUGUUGCCAAAUCCUGAAGAGAGAUAAGGGAUGCAAACUGCAUGUGGAGGUCUUUUUGAGAAAUUGCAACAAUUGUAACUGACUGUGUAUUUGAAAGUUAGUAACAAUCAAUGUUAGUCGAAGCCAUUUAAAUUUGUUGUACUUGUCAGUUUACCUUGUCAGGUAAUCUAUAGUGUACAUUUUAUACUUUAUAUUUCCAAACAUUUGGAAUAAAUGUUUUUUUUUAUA